ACAUACAUACCAUGCCCUGUGCGUCAGUACAUAUGACAUACCCCGACGUACCAAUGUCCUCUCCUACAGUUUGAGGAAGCCAAACACCCCUCCGGUGUUUUUUCCUUGCUGCCUCUCUCUCAUUCUGUCGUCCCAUUCCAUCUUGGGGUCCUUGGCCGCCUGUCGCCUCAUUCUCUCCUGUUCCUUGGCCCUUUCCUCUUCGCGCCUCUGUCUGGCCUUCUCUGCUUCCUGUCUGGCCAUCUCUGCGUUCUUCUGGUGCCUCCACAUGGCCUCCUGAGUGGAAACGGCUACCCAGACCAAGGAGUGCAAAAACAUCAAGACUGAGACAGACAGACACACAGACAGAUGCAUCAGGCGUCGAAGGAUGACUGUCUGACUCACUGAUGCCCAAAAUGGCGCCUCCAGCAAUGAAAAUGACCAACAGCUCCAGGCUGAACUAAAACACACACACGCAGACACAUCCACACUCAUCCAUAUUCGGUCUCCGCUACAGAGUGUGCAUACCCUCAUAAGGGAUGUGACAGCCGUCGGCUCCCCCCAGCCAGAGAAGUGCAAGACUGUAGGCUGCCUCGUCCUCACGCCAAUCCCGCGCGGUGCCUGUCCUCGCUGCAGCUGCUUCCCUUCGGCCACGGCAGUAGUCUUGCCACGCAGCAUGAUAGAAGGGGCCACGAAGGACACACUGCCAGGUGCCGCAGCAGCAGGGGACCGACGAGCGGCGCCGACGGCAUGGGGGAGAGUCAAGAGGACAGCAGGCAGCCACAUCGCUGCCUUCAACCAGAUCUGUGCUGCCAACAAACGUUCAGUUUGUCUCUGAUCGGCGGGGAGGCCACCAGUCGCCCACUUCGCUAAUGUGUGAACGUGUGUAACGUUUCGUGACAUCUGGAAGAGAACCCUUGUCUGUG